AUGAGUAACUCGUCUGAGACCUUUGCAUUCUCUGGCGCACAGGAGACCUGGGAGGGCCAGGAGCUGAUCGAUGAGAAGCCUGAGCUGCGUUCGGUGGUGCAGCAGAAGCUGGAGGAGAUCAGGGAGUGCUGGACGGACCUGGAGAGCACCACCAAGGCCAAGGCCCGGGCUCUGUUUGAGAACAACAAGCCAGAGCCGGUGGUGAAGAGCUACUCAGACCUGGACCACCAGCUCUCUGGCCUGGAGAAACAGCCCCCCCAGCUGGAGCAGGCUCAUCACCUACCCACAUUCAACGAGCAGCUGCAUAACUUUCAGUCUCAGAUGGGGAACUUGUACAAGGACGUUGGGGAACUAGGGUCCCUCCAGGGGGUGUGCCUCCCCCAGCGAGGCAGCCUGGUGAAGGGUGGGGAGGGAGAAGGGGGCGAGCAGCCAGCCGUAGUGGAGACCCGCAUCGUGCGCCUCAUCGAGCCCCUGAAGGAGAGGCGACGCAUCCUGCUGGCCUCCAAAGAGAUGCACCAGGUCGCCCAGGACCUGGAGGAAGAGAUACUGUGGAUCCAGGAGCGGCUUCCUCUGGCCUCCUCUAAGGAUUACGGCAACAACCUGCAGAGUGUUCAGCAGCAUGUCAAGAUCAACCAGACACUGCAGAGGGAUCUGCAGGGGCGCCAAGCACGGGUGGAGGAGGUGUUGGACCGAGCGGGGAUCAUCGCCUCUCUGCGGACCCCUGAGGUUGACUUUGUGCGUGAGGGGGCGGGGCAUGUGCGUCAGGUGUGGGAGGUGCUGAGGCUGGAGGCGGAGAGGAGGUCUGUGAUGCUGGAUGUGGUGCUGCAGGCCCAGCAGUACUACAGCGAGGCAGCCAAGGUGGAGUCCUGGCUGGCAGGCCAGAAACUGCACCUCAUCAAUGAGGAGAAGGGCACGGACGAGGAGAGCACCCUGCAGCUGCUGAAGGAGCACCUGGCCUUGGAGGCGACACUGGAGAACUACGCUGAGACAGUGGGCAUGCUCUCCCAGCAGUGUCAGCGACAGCUGGAGCUUGGGCACCCAGACAGUGAGGGGAUCACCAAGCAGCAGUCCCACAUAGACCGUCUGUAUGUGUCUCUGAAGGACAUGGUGGAGCACAGGAAGACCAAGCUGGAGCAGCAGUACUGGAUGUACCAGCUCAACAGAGAGGUGGAGGAGUUAGAGAAGUGGAUCACUGAGAGGGAGGCCGUUGCCAGCUCCACUGAGCUGGGUCAAGACCUGGAGCAUGUCACGAUGCUACAGGAAAAAUUCACCAAGUUCUGCUCAGAGACCAACAGCAUAGGCCAGCAGAGGAUGGAGCAGGUGAAUAAGAUGGUGAAUGAGAUGAUAGACUGUGGCCACACGGACGCGGCCACCAUAGCUGAGUGGAAGGACGGACUGAACGAGUCAUGGGCCGACCUACUGGAGCUCAUGGAGACCCGAAGACAGAUGCUGGCAGCAUCACACCAGCUGCACAAGUUCUUCACCGACUGCAAAGAGGUCUUGGCUCAGACUGCGGGGAAGAUGAGGCAGUUGCCAGAGGUGAGGGCGUGCCAAGCCAGCAUCGCCAACCCUGCCACCCUGCAGAGGCUCAUGCUCUCCUUCGAGCACGCCCUCCAGCUGCUCGUCUCACAGGUAAGGCAGCUGCAGGAAAAUGCGGCCCAGCUGAGGACCAUCUAUGCCGGAGAGAAGGCUGAGGCCAUCAUGAGCAAAGAGCAGGAAGUGAUGUCAGCAUGGAAGGAGUUACUGGUUUCCUGUGAGGCCAGUCGUGUGCAGGUCACCUCGGUGACAGACAAGGUGCAGUUCUUCUCGGUGGUGCGCGAGCAGCUCAUGUGGAUGGAGGGCAUCAUGGGACAGAUUGGAGGGGACGACCCCAGGGACUCGUCUUCUGCAGAGGUGAUGAUGAAACAGCAUGGUGAGCUGAAAGCCAAGAUGGAUGGCCGUAGGAAGACAAUACAGCAAUGUGUGGAGCUGGGAAAGAUCCUGCUGGCCGCAGGCAACCCAGCCUCCGAGGAGAUAAAGGAGAAGUUGGAUGCGCUCCUGGCUAAGCAGAAGGAUCUCUCUGAGAGAUGGGACAAACAGCAGGAGAAGCUGCAGCGCAAGAAGGAUCAGUUCCAGUAUGCCCAGGAGACGGUGAAGGCGGAGGCCUGGCUGAAGGCCAAGGAGCCCCUGAUUAGCUCCAGCUCCUCCUCUAGGGUGGCUGGGGGGGCUGGAGGAGAUGCCCAGGCCCAGACUGAUGAGGUGGAGCAACUCAUCCUCCGCCACGAGGCCUUCCGCAAUGCUGCAGCCACCUGGAAGGAGCGCUUCAGCUCACUGAGACAGCUCUCCAAUGCAGAGAAGCUGAGAGAAGAACAGAGCAGCAAGCCUUCCCCAAUGCCACUCUCCAGUCGGAGGAUGUUCCCAUCAUCCUGUCUCACUCCGACCGUUCCUCUUGCUACCUCAACUCUGCUGAGACAGACGGUCCAGGUGCAUAUUGAGCCCAGGCCCAAGSAGACCAGUCUGGAGAUGUCUGCCUCUGCCUCCUCUGCAGCCCAAAGGUUGGGUUCUACCAUAGCCAGCUACGCUCCUGUCAUAAAUGGCUCUGGUUACCAUGGACUGGACCAUCAGAGCAGCAGCGGGGGAUUGGAGAGUUCCAACUACCCUGGACUGAACCAUCCGGGCGGUGGAGGAGUGGACAGCAGCUCUAGUUACCUUGGAGGGAACCAUCAGACUGGCCCCCCGCCAGUGGAUAGUUCUGGCUACCUUGGACUGAACCAUCAAAGCAGUGGGGGUAUGGUUAGUCCAGGCUACCUACCUCAAAACCAAAGUAGUGGGGGUAUGUGUGGUCCAGGCUACCUACCUCAAAAUCAAAGCAGUGGGUGUAUGGGUAGUCCAGGCUACCUGCCGCAAAAUCAAAGUAGUGGGGGUAUGGGUAGUCCAGGCUACCUGCCACAAAAUCUAAGUAGUGGGGGUAUGGGUAGUCCAGGCUACCUGCCGCAAAAUCAAAGUAGUGGGGGUAUGGGUAGUCCAGGCUACCUGCCUCAAAAUCAAAGUAGUGGAGGUAUGGGUAGUCCAGGCUACCUGCCUCAAAAUCAAAGUAGUGGGGGUAUGGGUAGUUCAGGCUACUUGCCGCAAAAUCAAAGUAGUGGGGGUAUGGGUAGCUCAGGCUACCUUGCACAAAAUCAAAACAGUGUUGGUAUUGGUAGCUCAGGCUACCUUGGGCAAAAUCAAAGUAGUGGGGGUAUGGGAAGUACUGGCUACCUUGCACAACACCAAGGUAGUGGGAGUAUGGGUAGUUCAGGCUACCUUGCGCAAAGUGUUGGGGGUAUGGGUAGUUCUAGCUAUCUGCCUCAAAGUGGUGGGGUCAUGGACCCCAAAAUGGCAUAUGCGUGGCAGCAUCUGAAAGCUGACUGCAUGCAGCCCAGGAUCAACCACAUGCAAAAAGCUGUCAACCCCCUCCUGGAGGCCAGCAGGGCGCAGAGGGAACAGUUUGGGGACAUCCCCAUGGUGGAUAUGAUCGGGCCAGAGUCUGGCCUGGAUCUCCUCCACGGCAGGCUCCAGAGGGACCCCCGCGGCAGCCGCUCAGACCCCCAGAUGGACCACCUGCGGCGGGAGAGGGAGUACAAGCUAGGUCGGCAGACCUCCAGCGAACAGGAGAUUCAGGCGCGGCUCAACGAGCUGCCAAUGAUUGUGCGCCAGGAGCGCUAUAGGCGACGCCUGGAGAGGCAGUCGUCCAGCGAGCAGGAGGGCAGUGGGAAGGCGAGGACACCGAGGCAGGACGACUCCAGCGACAUGGAAGGCUCCGACAAGCGCUCAACAGAGAAGAGAGCCACCACCAUGGCUGAGAUUGUGGAGCAGGCCCAGGAGAGAGAGGCAGCACAAGCUCGAGGGGAGACGUACCGCCCCACCAGCAGCCUCUCAGCACCUGUGACCUACGAGCGCCCGCGCGCCCGAGACCGUCCCAAACCCCGCAGGAGACCCCGUCCCAAAGAGCCUGAGGAGAAGCGACGCUCUCGCUCGGCUCCGGCCCAGAGUCCGGCACAACUUCUGCCGCCCUCACACACUGCCCAUAACGAAGGCUUCCUGUACCGCAAACACGACUUUGAGGGCCACCAGAAGAGUCCCAGCAGUAAGUCCUGGGUGAAUUUGUAUUGCGUGUUGUCAAAGGGAGGGAUCACUUUCUACAAGGACGCCAAGAGCACCACCACACCUUACAAUGAAGAAACCCCACUCGACCUGAGCGUCUGUAUAUGUGAUAGCACCAUAGGAUACAAGAAGAAGAAAAAUGUCUUCGUUAUCAAGAAAAAUGAUGGCAAUGACUAUAUUUUCCAUGCAAAGGAUGAGGAGGACCUGAAGGCUUGGGUCACUAACAUCACCACCAGUAUAACUGAACACGAGGAGAUUGCCAAGUGGGACAAGCCCACCACCUCGUCCACAGAUCCCGACCGCUCGGAGAGGAAGGAGAAGUCUGAGGGCGACGCAGACGCCAGGUCAGAGAGGUCUGAGAUGGGAGGAGAGGUGGAGGAGGAGGAGAGGUCAGAGAAAGAGAGGUCUGAGAAGGGAGAGGGGUCCAAGAAGACGGGAGAAGGCUCAGAGAAAGCAGACACGUCGGAGACGGGUGAGAGGGCAGAGGGAGGGGCAGGGGGCUCCAGCACGUCAGGGAAGAGCAAAUGAUCCCCGCUGAGUGGAGGAGUGGACUGGCAUUCAACCAUCUAAAGCCCCCCCCCCUCCUAACUUUACCCUACGACACCAGACAGUGCUGAACAAGAGAGACGGGGGGAGAUGUGUACAUUUCUGUGCAUAUUUUCUCUCUUUUUCUCUCUCUCUAUCUCUCUGUCUCUCUCUGUGACAUCCUGAGGCUUGGGUCCUAAUGUUAACUGUGACUGACUGAUCUUACAGCCCCUCCCCCUCCCCCAGGCAAAAUACAUCAAUACUUGCAUUGCAUUGUGGCCCUUGCUGGUAGGUUGGAGGAUAGGGGAGAUUAACCAGCGCCACUGUGUGGUCACAGGCAUUUGUCACAGUCACGACUCAUUGAUCAUUUAUUUCUUGGAUUCACAGCAUCUCUCAGUAUAUAUAUAAUAUACCUAUGACUGACUAUGUAAUGCUCUGUCUAAAACAACCCAAGCAGUGGUGAAUGAAAUGUCUCACAAUAUUUUGAAAAAGCUUUUUUCUGAAGCAAUAUACUUUUUUAUUUCUUCUCUUUGUUUGAGAGAGAGUGAAAGGAGACAAGAAACAGUUGCUUAUUAAUUCUAUGAUUGUUCACAUUCAUCAUCAGCUUAUUUCUGUCAGGUCAGCAGCACCUUAAACACUUCCAACACGUCUGUGUAUACUCAGCAUAUUGACAUUURAAACCCACCUCAUUGCUAUCUCUGAGUCUUGUUGUCAUGAUGGAAUGCUGGUAUUACCUACUUGUGUUAAUAAUUGAAUUGAUCAACACAUGAUUCUCUUCUGAACUUUUGGAUUAAUCAUGUACAGGCCCAUGCCAUACCAGGAAUAAAGGUGAAAUAGGGUUGCCA